AUGAAUCCGGUGCGGGUGCGGUUCAUACGGGACGGCCUGGUCGGACAGUACGGCGAUGUGCUGGGCGGGAACGGGCCGGGGGCGGCGCUGCGCGGGUUGAAAAUUUUAGACGUCGGCUGCGGGGGGGGGAUAUUGGCGGAGAGUUUGGCUCGAUUGGGAGCGCAAGUGACGGCUAUUGAUGCGGGUGCGGCUAACAUAGCGAUCGCGCGCGCGCACGCGGAGUUGGAUCCGGAUUUAGUGAAGAAUUUGAAGUACGAGGCGGUGACGGCGGAGGAACUCGUCGAACGCGGCGAAACGUUUGACUGCGUGACGAGUUUGGAGGUCAUCGAGCACGUCACCGAUCCGUUGGAGUUCACGAAAUCGAUUGCGAAAUUAGUGAAACCGAAAGGCGCGUUGUUCGUGAGCACGAUCAAUCGUACGGCGAGAUCGUUCGCGUUCGCCAUCUUGGCGGCGGAACGCGUGCUCGGCCUCGUGCCGCCGGGAACACAUCAGUUCUCAAAGUUUCUCACCCCUGGAGAGAUUGCGAUGAUGGCGGGUCACGCGAAUUGUGAGAUGGUCGAGCUCGCGGGGAUGGUCUACGACCCGUUGCGAAACAAAUGGUCGUUAUCUUCCGACACGCAAAUCAACUUCAUCGCGCACUGCGUCAAGUCGUCGUGA